AUUAUCAAGAAAAUGUCAGGCGAAGGGCACCUUGCUAUGCACUGACGCAAACCAAAUCUUUCCCAUGGAGGUAUAGAAAGCUUUGCAGUUUCAAGAGCUAAAUUCAGUCCAUCUAAAGCCUUUACUGCUGUUUUCUUAUCCUAUCUGUUGCUGCUGCAAACAUGGACUAUUCUGAGCAGAGAGACAUGGCCAAGCAGCCUACGAAGAACCCUGCUCCCCUGAACCCUGGAGGACAGCCUGACAGUACUGCUGGAGCUAUAAUUAACAAGCCUGAACAGGACCAAAACCUACCUUCUGAAGUCCAUCCACCAGCACAACAAGCCAAGGUUUCAAAAUCUCCAUCCAUUGAACGGAAAACAUUGUCGGCAGUUGAAGCCAAACCACACGCACCAGAGGGGAUCACAAUAGCUGGGGCGUUAAAGAACACCAGUCCCGCUCAAGUCAAUUCUGUCACUCGCAAGGAUUCUAUAGAGUCCGUACCGCACAAGGACACAUCUACAACUGUUUAUAGCAAAAUUGUGUCUCCCCACUGCACCGAAGCGGUACCCAAUCAAAGUAUUAUGAAGAGCACAGUGGAGCAAAAUAAUGCCACAGGCAACUGGACAGUUAUGAGCCAGACCACCGUGGUAUUAGGCACAGAUGGUAACACAUCUGUUCUGCCUGGCACCGGCAACGGGGGUGAUGAUGCUGCUGAUGAUGACGAAGAUGGGGAUGAAAACAAAGUCAGAGGAAACUGGUCAAAUAAACUGGAUUUCAUCCUCUCUAUGGUUGGUUACGCUGUGGGUUUGGGAAACGUGUGGCGAUUUCCCUACCUAGCUUUUCAAAAUGGAGGAGGUGCGUUUUUAAUCCCCUACCUGAUAAUGCUGGCUCUCGCUGGUGUCCCUAUAUUUUUACUGGAGGUAUCACUGGGACAGUUUGCCAGUCAGGGACCUGUUUCUGUAUGGAAAGCUAUUCCUGCGCUCCAAGGCUGCGGGAUUGCCAUGUUGAUUAUCUCUGUUCUAAUAGCCAUAUAUUACAAUAUUAUCAUGUGCUGGACUAUCUACUACUUGUUUUCCUCCAUGUCCGGAUAUCUGCCGUGGGCAAAUUGUAGAAACCCGUGGAACACACCAGAUUGCAAAGACAAGGAUAUGCUUUUGUUAGAUUCCUGUAUAUUGCGUGAUAAAAACAUCACAUCUAUUAAAAACACUACCGUUUGUAUGUCUGCCAGUGUCACCAGUAACCUGACCAGGCUCACUAACAUCACAUUGGAAAACAAAACUUUUGUCAGCCCUAGUGAGGAGUAUUUCAAGUACAAUGUAUUGCACAUCUCUAAAGGCAUUGAAUACCCAGGGGACAUCAGGUGGCCACUAGCCCUGUGCUUGUUUUUGGCCUGGCUCAUUGUCUAUGUAUCAUUGGCUAAAGGAAUAAAGUCAUCAGGAAAAGUAGUAUAUUUUACAGCUACAUUCCCCUAUGUGGUGUUGGUCAUUCUGUUGAUCAGAGGAGUCACAUUGCCAGGGGCUGGAGCUGGAAUCCUAUACUUUAUAACACCAAAGUGGGAAAAGCUCAACGAUGCUAAGGUGUGGAAGGAUGCUGCUACUCAAAUUUUCUUCUCCCUGUCUGCAGCCUGGGGUGGACUAAUUACUCUCUCAUCGUACAACAAAUUCCACAAUAACAUUUACAGGGAUACGCUCAUAGUGUCGUGUACUAAUAGCGCUACCAGCAUCUUCGCAGGAUUUGUCAUCUUCUCAGUCAUCGGGUUCAUGGCGCAUGAACUUCAAGUACCUAUUGAAAAAGUUGCUGAUGAAGGGCCUGGCAUUGCCUUUGUAGUUUACCCAGAAGCAUUAACCAGGCUUCCUCUCUCUCCAUUCUGGGCUCUGAUAUUUUUUUUAAUGCUGUUGACUCUUGGGUUAGACACAAUGUUUGCUACCAUUGAGACAAUAGUAACAUCUAUUUCUGAUGAGUUUCCCAAGUACCUGCGUAAACACAAACCCAUUUUCACGCUGGUCUGCUGCGUGUCAUUUUUCGUUCUGGGAUUCCCCAUGAUAACGGAGAAUGGAAUGUAUAUGUUGCAGCUUGUGGAUACAUACGCUGCCUCAUACUCCCUGGUCAUCAUUGCAAUUUUUGAACUAGUUGGAAUUUCAUAUAUAUAUGGGUUGCAGAGAUUUUGUGAAGAUAUUGAAAUGAUGAUUGGAUUCCAGCCAAACAGAUUCUGGAGAGUUUGCUGGGCUUUUGUCACGCCAAGUGCCAACUAUCAUCUCACAUUCAUCCUGUUCUUGAGUUUGUACCAAUGGAAGGUUAUGACCUAUGAGGACUAUGUCUACCCCACUUGGUCAAUGGUGCUUGGAUGGUUGAUGGUAGUGUGUUCUGUCAUUUGGAUUCCUAUUAUGUUUGUGAUUAAAAUGCAUCUGGCCCCUGGUAGUUUCAUUGAGAGGCUUAAGCUGGUCUGUUCCCCACAACCAGACUGGGGUCCGUUCUUGAUGAAGCAUCGCGGAGAACGCUACAAGAACAUGACCGACCCCCUGGGAACCAACUCUCUGGGGCUCAAACUACCACCGAAGGAUUUUGAAUUAGGAACUCAGUUUUAGUGGCACUGUCUGUUCUCUGUCACCUUAUUCAUGUAGUUAUUUAUUUGGUAAAAUCCACAGGAUCGUAGCAUCAUCAGAUCUAGAUAUUUGCUUAUUUUGGGAAAUUUGUUUUAUUACGUGGUUUCUAUAAGUAGUUGAAGCUUGUUACAGUCGCAUAUUUGGGGCAGUCAAUUCAAAUAAUACGAAUAAAAUAAAAACUACAUAUAUUGUCUAGAAAAGCUAUGUGGGUAAUACUGUUCCAGCGCUGCAAUGCCAGGCUGAAUGUCCUUCAUGCCAUUUUUCUGCUUAACUCUAAUUUAUUACAAAACUGGUACAGACAGUAAACAUCUGUGCCCCCUAUAAAUUCAACGACUUCUAUAAAAAUGGUAACUAUAAAAGGUUGCCAUUUACCAGUAACUGUUUAUAGGCUAUAAAUUUGUAUAAAAAACUGUUGGAUAUGUGAAAUAAAUUGGUACUCGUGGCUACCAUUGCUUUAUCCUAAGGUAAAUAACAAAUAUGUGAUUGGUGCCUAAUUCUAUAUUCUCGCAGUAGUUUAUCUGUAUGCUCAGUUUUACACAAUAUUGCUGGUUUUACUCUGACAUUUUAAUUAGAACUACCCUGCUGUUGUAUAGUUCUGCAUUGUAUAAACUAGAUAUACCAUUCUCUUUUGACUAAAGAGGAAAUUAAUUGUGCAUCAGAUCUAUAAAAGCUUCAAUACAUAUUCUCUCUUAUAGAAAUUUAAUAUAGAUGAAUGAUUAUUGAUAGUUUGUACCAUGUAUGUUUAUGAUGAUCUGUUUGCCUCCUUUUUAGAAGAAAACGCCAUCAGAAAAUAUUGAUCUAUGUUUUACAAUUUGCAGAUAUAUCUGAUGGCCAUAUACGCAGUGCAGUGUGUUUAUUGAUUAACAGUACAUGUUGUGAUCUAGUUAAAGGACUUGUGAGUCAUUUCCCCUGACAUAAUAGUGGUUUGUCAAGUAGAAUUAAAAGUAAGCUAAUAAGAGAGAAUCUGUAUAGCUAUAACUGGCAAAUUGUCUAAUUGUUACUUGUACAAAUUUACACUUUUUACAAAGUGAUUUGUGUCCAUGUAGUGCGUACUAGUGUCGUCAUGUCCCUCUUCGUAUGUUAUGAUGUAGAGAUGGUGAGAAUAGAAUAGUUUAGAAACAUUUUUUUCUGAAACUAUUAUAGUUGGAAAUCCUCUAGUUGACUUCCAGGGACCGUUUCUCCAUUAACUUGUCUGUUUGUCUUCAUGUUACAGGGUCUCAGGUAAACUUACGUUCAUAAAUUCAAGAUGUAGUUCAAAGAUCUCCAUUGUAGAUGACUAAUGAUAUUUAGCUCCUCGUAUUUUAAAGCCAUGUGUUACUUUUAAAGGAUUUCUGGAAAAAAAAAAAAAAAAAACUUUAAAUAAAAAAAAAAAACUCAACAACAACAACAACAGGAAGAUUCUCCAUGCUGCUGUUGAAUAUUCUGCGGUAGCUUCCUGUUUCCUGUUACAUUUAGGCCUGUCCAGUUGAAGCCACUUACAGACAGGCAGAACUGCGUCUCAAGUUCGUUUUCAUUUGAAGCAGCUCAUUACCAUACUCAUGACUCUUCAGAGCUGCCUUAGACAAUUCUAACAUAAGACUAAAGCACAGAUUUGCACUUCUGUUGGUAAUGGAAAAAUACACUGUUUGAUUUAAAGGCUUUUUGUUCAUCAGACUUAUUGUUUAGAAGCAACAAAUCUUUAGCUGAAAUAGCAUUGGUGUUUAGCUAAUAGAGCAAAUAGAACAAAAGCCAUUUUACAGUACUGUAACAGCGUGAUAUAAUCAUAGAGCAAACAACAUGUGAGGGAUAUGAACCAUUACAUUUGAGCAGUCAUUACACGCUGUGUAUACAAAGCAGGGAUUGAAAAUCCUUUUUUUUUCUUCACAAUUUUUUCCCCGUUUUGUAGUUGUUAUGAACCAUGGCUUUUAUAACAGCAUCUCAUGUACAAGAUACUGUCCCUCGUUAUGUAUAUAUACUUUAAUUGUAUGUAGGUUUGAAACUGUAAAUUCGUCACCCUGCCAUACUUUGGGCCAUACUCGUAACCCAUUACUCAGUAAAUGCAUUGUAGCUCUGUAUUUGUGUACUUCUAUGGCUCUUGCCAUAACAUGAUUGUAGUCAUUCAGUUGUCAACAAAUUCAAUACCUUUUCCUAAAAACGCUGCUAUGAAGACAGCUUUAAAUGAAGGGCGUUAUAGAUAUGCUACUGUUUAGGGCAAUAAAAAGCACUGUAUAUUUGUAUUCAAACAGCAUGUUUUGUGGAAGUCCAUUAAAUGUUAACAAAACACACAGGGCUACCUUUUGAACCACAGCAAAGGCGCGGCAAUGUUUUGUAGUAUUUCAAACUCUUUAAUAGUUGAGAAGGUUAGUACCUGACACCCCACGUGCAUCGAAGGUGUAGUUCUGCAUCCAUCAACAGUAAAAUCCAAUUUUACACUAGAGCAAAAGUGUAUUAAAUGUGCUUCCUGUUGUUGCACAUUUUGCGUGAUGUCUGUCCUUUCAUAGUUUGUUUUGUAACUCAUCUUCCACUUCAACAGGUACAUUUAGCCUCACCCAGCUCACCCAUCCCAACGUGGUACAGAGUUAAUUCACCGUCACUUUCUCAUUGACGUGAAGGAGAAGGUUAUUUUUUAACUAGAUCACUCUGAUUACACAGUAUAUAGAGUAUGAGUUCAAUUAUUAUUAUUAUUAUUAUUAUUAUUUUUUUUGCCUACAAGUCAACUUUAGGCAGUAGAUAACCAAAGAGGGAAGAGAGAUUUAUGAAGGGUAAAUGUGAGAGACUGAGAAACUGCCAAUCAUGUUUCAUUUGUGUUCAUUAUAUUUGCAACAUACUACAAAAAUACAUCUUCAGGUAGCCAUUGGCCUUAUAGAUGUGUUCUAACUUUAGAAAUAUAUUAAAUGUAUUUAAAUAAAAAAUAAAAUAAACAGAGUAGCCUAUAGUCUGCCAUAUAUAUUAUAUCUCUUAUGUAGUGUAUGUUGUGUCUUUUUGGCACUUUAUUGUGGACCUAUCACAGUAUAGGUUUAAUUCCUAAUUACUUGCGUAAUGUCAUAUAUUUGUGUGUGUUCUCCCUGGGGUACUGCUACCUAUGGAUAUAGAUAUGUACCCCAGUCAGGUCCUAAAACACUUAUUUGCCAUACAUGUAAAAUAUAAAGAUAUAAAUAUUAUGUUUUGAAUAUUGUGCCAGAUGUAUCAUGGUAUAUUACAUGUGAAAUGCAUUAUUUAUUUAAAAAAAAAAAAGUCAUUAUUCUUGAG